AUGGGAAAUACAACAAUAAUAAAUAAUUCAACAAGAAAUGAUAGUAAACAUAAAAACAAAUUAGGAUAUAAUGAAAUAAUGAUAACGUCAAAGUAUUUUAAUGACAUUGACGAUUUUAUUAAUUUAGAAAUAGGAAUUAAAAGAUUUCAAGGAAAUAUGGAACGAUUUCAUUUUAAUCCAAUUCCAUUAAAUCAAUAUUCAAGAAAAUUCUUUCCUAAUAUUGAGACGUUUCAUAUUUAUGAUUGCGGUGAUGAAGUAUUUAAAGAUGGAAGAAUAUUUAAACAUAUAAUUUGGUGUAUAGUAGAAUAUUCAACAUAUUUACAAGAAAAAGAAAAAGGAAACAUAUGUAAAAACAUAGAAUAUACAAAAGAAGAUAGAAAAUUAUAUGGAACUACAAUACCACCAGAAGUUAAUUCAAUUGGAUAUGAAUGUUUUAAAUAUUGUUAUUCAAUAACUUCUAUUAAUAUUCCAAUAACAAACACAUCAUUUAAAGAGAGUUGUUUUUAUGAAUGUUCAAGACUAACAACAGUUAAUAUACCAUCAACAGUUAGUACAAUAGGAGAUAAAUGCUUUAGUGGAUGUCCAUCAUUAAAAUCAAUGAAUAUAGAAAAUAUAAAAUUUAUUAGUAAAGAAAGAAUAUUUAUGAAUGAACCAGUGUUAGUUAGUAUUAAAAUACCAGGAAAUUUACAAAGAAUAAAUGGAAAGAAGAUUAAAAAGAAAGAUAUUAAUGAAUUUAUCAUUCCAAAAACAAUUACUAAAUUAGAUAAUUAUUGUUUUGGAGGGUGUGUAUCAUUAAAAUCAAUAAAUAUUCCAACAACAAUUAGUGAAAUAGGAAAUAGUUGUUUUGAUAAUUGUACAUCAUUAACAAAAAUUAAUAUACCAACAUCUAUUAGUAUAAUAAAAAAAGAAUGUUUCCAUAAAUGUUUAUCAUUAAAAUCAAUCAAAAUUCCAUUAUCAGUUACUGAAUUGUGUAAUAAAUGUUUUUGUAAAUGUAAAACAUUAAAGUUAAUUAGUAUUCCAUCAUCUAUUAACACAAUAGAUUAUUGGUGUUUUAAAGGAUGUUCAUCAUUAACAUCAAUUACUAUACCCACAACAAUUAGUGAAAUAGGAGAUUUUUGUUUUAAUGGUUGUACAUCAUUAAAAUCAAUUAAUAUACCUUCAUCAAUUACGUCAAUAGGAUUGAACUGUUUUUAUAAAUGUUCAUUACUAACAUCAAUUAAUAUGCAUAAUGUACAAUUCAUUAGUAAAGAAAGAAUAUUUUUUAAUGAAUUAGAGUUAAAUAGUAUGGAAAUACCAGAAAAACUAGAAGUGAUAAACGGAAAGAAGAUUGAAAAGAAAGAUAUUAAUGAAAUUACCAUACCAACAACAAUUACUAAAUUAGGAGGUAAUUGUUUUAUUGAGUGUUCAUCAUUAACAUCAAUUAAUAUACCAACAACAGUCAGUGAAUUAGGAUGGAACUGUUUUAAAGGAUGUUCAUCAUUAAAAUCAAUUGAUCUACCAACAUCAAUUAGUGAAAUAGGAAAUGAUUGUUUUUAUCAAUGUAUAUCAUUAAAAUCAAUUAAUAUUCCAACAUCAAUAAAUGAAUUUGGAAUUGAAUGUUUCUAUGAAUGUGGAAUUGAAGAAAAGUUAAGGAAAAAUGAAAGAAUACCAGAGUAUUGUUUUAGUUAA